AUGACUAGAAUAUUACAAAUUGUAAUAAUAUGUUACUCUUGUCUUAUCCUUAUAAUUUUGUUUGAUUUUGGAAAAGCUAAUGAGCCUAGUAGAAUACAACAUAGGCACAGAAGAUAUUUAAGCUUCGGAAAUUUUUCGCAUUUCUUCCUACGUUUAAAUUUCAAAGCGAACAUGGUACCGUGGAAUCAGAUAUUCGCUCAGGCAUUAGGUUUCAGAAUGAACUGGAACGAUCCGCCAGAUUCGUUCCACCCUUAUCAUCGCUUGUACAGGAGAACCGUUUAUAGCCACCUCGAGACUUUAUUGGACAGGAAUGGCCUAGAAGGCUUCCAUUGCGUGCGUCGAGCAAUUUGCGAAAUGGACAAGAUCUCGCAACCUAGAGGAAUCUACUAUAAAAUUUUAAAAAUGGUUUUUAGGCGGAUAUCAGCUGCAACAGACAAAUGGCACAACGCGACUGAGGAAGAUUGCAGAUUAUCCAUCACGACCUGCCCUUUCUCGAUGCUGGAAGUUUCUACGUAUACAGAUUUUUAG